AUGGCAAACACAACUGGACGCGAUGAGAUCACAGAGAUCCAAAAUGAGCUGCAUCUCGAAAUCAUCCCGGGAACCGAGAUCAUGGCAGAUGUUGGAGAGCACCACUUCGUCAAGAGCAAAGGCAAAAACCACCGAGUUUUAGUUCCGCAGCCCAGCCACAGCCCCAACGAUCCGUUGAACUGGUCCACAAAGUGGAAGCUAUCUGCAAUCCUUGCAGCAUCUACUCUGACCUUCACCCAGGGAUUUGCACCUCUGGCUUUAGCUCCUAUGUUUGGCUAUCUGAUGGGAGACUUUAAUAGCUCUUUGUCCGAUGUUAUUCAAUUCACAGGAGUUACAAUUUUGGUCCUCGGCUUCAGCAACUUCAUUUGGGUCCCGAUCUCGACUUCCUUUGGCAGACGGCCCGUUUUAAUUGUCUCACAAGUAAUUUGCUUGGUUUCUCAUAUCUGGCGAGCGAAAGCCACUGACUAUAAUGGAUUCAUGGGUGCAUCAAUCCUCAACGGAAUUGGAGCAGGACCCGCCGAAACCAUUCAACCGACAAUAAUUGCUGAUAUUUUCUUCCUUCACGACCGCGGAAAAUGGAAUACCAUGUUUUGGGUUACAUAUACUGGUGCUUUGAUGAUUGCUCCUAUUAUCGCUGGCUCCAUGGCCGACCAUUCUGGAUGGCCCUCUUUCUUUUGGCUCAAUACCGCCAUGACCGGCUUUUCCCUGAUCUUCAUAAUCAUAGGAUUUCCCGAGACGUCAUAUAGCCGCGCCCAGGCUCUUGAGGGACAUCAUCAGACAGCCCCUAUAUCAUCUUCCAAAGUCCUCGAUGCCGAACACCGUGAAGACACAUCGGAGAAAAAGGGUAAUGAACACAAAUCAGAGGAGAGCAAUCCUGAGACUGUCCCCGCUGAAGAGGAGCCUUGGUUGGGGCGAGGAAGCCCAAGUCGAAAGCAGUGGAUGCCUUUUCAACCAAACGCUUCUCCAUUUAGGUCGAUUCUUCUGGAUCUCUGGAUUCCGUGGAAGCUAUUCAGCUUCCCCAUCGUUGUGUUUGCCUCGUUUGUCGUCAGCUGGAGCUGCAGCGCCAUGCUGAUUUUAAAUCUCACCCAAUCUCAAGUCUUUGCAGAACCACCUUACAACAUGAGUUCUCAAUCAAUCGGCUUUACGAACUUUGCGAUUUUUGUUGGUGCACUGAUCGGGCUUGCGACUGCAGGGCCUCUCAGUGACUGGGUAGCAGCCCGCGCAACAGCACGUAAUAACGGCAUUAGAGAACCCGAGAUGCGUCUUCCAGCGAUGAUACCAUACGUGGUAAUAUCAGCCAUCGGACACAUCAUAACUGGUAUUGGAUACCAGCAACAGUGGCCGUGGGAGGCUAUCGUCAUCGUUGGCUAUGCAAGUGCAGGAAUUCAGAUUGCCGCUCUUCCUAGUAUUAGCAGCACUUAUGCAGUCGACAGCUACAAGCCAGUCUCCGGAGCAAUUUUUGUUAUCAUCACGGUAAACAAAAACCUUUGGGGCUAUGGCAUGGGAAAGUUCAUCACCCCUUGGACAAUGGAAAAUGGAUUCAUUCCUGCAUUCAUGGUCAACAUGGGACUUCUUGUUCUUUGGAGCCUGUUUGGGGUGGUGUUCUAUUACUACGGGAAGACCUUCAGACGGUGGACUAAGGACAGUGCUGUUCACCAGAUGAAUCUCUAA